UUUUUUUUGACAUUUGUCAAAGCUUAUUCACCCCUGACACUUCCAGUGGAGGACUGCUGGCUGCUGUUGAAUUAUAACCCUCAGCCUUACCAAGAGGGAUUAAAGUUCUGCCAAGCAACACAAAAACCUGUUUUUUUUUUUCCCGGGGGAAGAAAAUAAAAAUGAAUCUGUUUCUGGAAUUCCUGGUGUUUUUAGCAGUGCUAAUCUACUCCUACCUAGAAGCGCUUGUCAAGCUUUUUAUGCCCGUGAAGAGAAAAUCGGUCUCUGGGGAGCUGGUGCUGAUCACGGGUGCUGGCCACGGAAUAGGGAGAGCGACCGCCUGUGAGUUUGCCAAGCGUCAGAGCAGAUUGGUUCUGUGGGACAUCAACAAGCAUGGCAUUGAGAGCACAGCAGAGGAAUGCAAGAGGCUGGGCGCCACUGUUUACGCUUUUGUGGUGGACUGCAGCAAAAAGGAGGAAGUCUACAGUACUGCAGAAAAGGUGAAAAAAGACAUUGGAGAUGUCUCCAUCCUGGUGAAUAAUGCUGGUGUGAUUACAACUGCAGACCUGCUCUCAACUCAAGACGGAGAAAUUGAAAAAAUGUUUGAAGUGAACAUUCUCGCUCACUUCUGGACAACAAAAGCUUUUCUGCCAGCAAUGAUGGACAACAAUUAUGGUCAUAUUGUCACUGUGGCUUCCGCAGCAGGUCACGCUGUAACUUCUUUCAUGCUGGCUUACUGUUCAAGCAAAUUUGCUGCAGUUGGAUUUCAUAAAGCUCUAACAGAAGAACUGUCUACGUUGGGGAAGGAUGGAAUAAAAACAUCUUGUCUUUGUCCAGUUUUUGUAAAUACUGGCUUUGUGAAAAAUCCAAGCUCAAGGCUUGGAAAUAUUUUGGAAAUUCCAGAAGUUGUAGACAAAUUGAUGGAAGGAAUACUGACCAAUCAGAAAAUGAUUUUUGCUCCUCCAAGUCUAAAAAUUGCAUUAUUCUUUGAAAAGUUGUUUCCAGAGCGUGCUUUGAAAGUUCUGAAAAAAAUGGAUUCUAUUACGUUCGAUGCGGUUGUUAGAAACAAACACUGAGAAGGAACCGCUUCCCCUUGUACCAUAUCAUGAGUGAAAACAGAACAAGUGCUGAUUUUAGUUCGGUUGCUUUGAUUUAGAGCAAAACAGAACACAAACACUCCCCAGCCACCAUCUUCCAGUCUGCCUAAAGCACAGCUUAUCAGUGUAAAAGGAUUGUCUGCCAAUACAUUAAUCAGUACUCAUCAGCAAGUAAAGGCAUGCUAUUUCACCUGAAUUUAUCAUUUUCUGUUUCCAAAAGGUCACAAUUCCAUGGCAAGUACCCGCAGUAAUGUAGCCUUUCAAUCAAGGUUACGUAUUAGCACAGUUGGCACAACUUAUGCAGAAUAAAGAGUUCUUGACCUUGAUAGUUUCCCAUGGAGAGAAGCUGCCCAUCGAGAAGUUAAGCUUCUACCCAUGUUUUAGAAGCUCAUUUUGGUAGAAUUCUAGGUAUACUAAAAGGGGUUAAUCUCAUAUAAUACACUUUUUUUUUUUCUUUUUUCUUCAAAAUGAGGACAAUCCAGUCAAAACAAAAUUCACACUCAAGUUUGUGCAGACCUGAGCUGAAACUGAAACUAGAAAGCUAAGUGUGAAGCUUUACUAGACAGAAGCUGUGGCAAUUUGGAUGCUUGCAAUUGAGAUGGCUCUGCUCGUAGGAGAGCUGAGCCGUGAAUCUGAGCCAAGAUUUCAGCAGGAUAUGAAUUUCUACAAAAAAAUAAAAUGCACAUGCUGUGAUCUACAAUUAGGAAAAAAAUGUAGAUAUUUGUUUAGCAGCUACAGCACUUGAACCUUUCCUGCAUUUGUUGAGGCUUGAGAGCAAAAAUUAGACAUCAGAGGGAGGCAGGAAAAUGACUAAAGACACUUGCUUUUCCUGCAUAGGAAAAAAUCUGCUUAAAACAUAGAUGAAAUCUUCUGCACUUGACUAUUUUGUGGUACAUUUUAUCAAAUUGCUUCUCUCUAAUUCUCAGAAAUCUUUAAAAUGCCUUCCUGUGAAAUCACUAUAGUAUUUCUCUGCAAAUCACUGGAGGCCUUACCUCUUCUCAUAUAUGCUAGAAAAAUGACUCAUCUCCUAAGAACGCUGAAAAAAAACAGAAUAUUAUUGUUCUUAUUCUACACGACAAAUAAUUCAACCUAAUAAAUCUGUAAUUUAUCUAAGUACUCAGACACAUGUGUUAAAGAAGAUAACAAGGAUAUACUUAGACUGGACAGACUUCAUGCACGUGCAG